AAAGUUUUAUAAAAUUUGCAAUUCGAAAGUGAUACGCAUGCUUCAGCAAUAAAACAAAUAAAUUUUAAACUUCGUACAAUGACGAAUGAAAAAUCUGCGAUGCUCAUCAAUGCCCACGAAAAUUACACCUUACCGAAUCAGAAUAACCUCGAUGUGGGAAAUGGACAAUUUUUUAAUGAGCAGCAAAGUCAGAGAACUGCAAGCUGCUCUAUUCCCGAUUCAACCGAUUCCAGCGACUUGCCUAAUUAACGUGAUCUCCUCGGAUGUUGAGAUAAUGCCGGAGUACCGUGAACCGGUAUCAGACAGCACCGAUAACAUUGGCAGUGUAUUGACGACGCAAUGCCUCAAAAAUCGUCUCGGUCUUUCGAGACGAGACGUCGACUCUAUUUUACCGAUAACCUCUGGUAUUUUGAAAUAUCGGGAAUCGAGAGAAGGCUUUCUAGGAGAAACACGAAAUGGACUCGACGCCGUUAGUCAAGAACCACGAUGGCCCACCGAGUGCAAGGUGAUUCAGGCGAAAAUUCGUCACAUCGAGUACGCUCCAGCGACUCCGGAGCCUUAUUAUGCUCCAACCGGAAGAGAACCGCGACCAAAACCCGUCGGAGAGGAUCUUGGCACGGUGAUAUUCAACUAUUGUCCAAUGAGCGCAACGAAUUACUUUAGUAGAUCGUGCGCAGGAGGGUGUGCGGUUCUCUCCGAGUCUUCGGACUACUCCAACGAAUCCGGAGACUCAGCAUCGAAUCACAUUGAUUUCGGGUUCGCGAACAACGUUCCCUCGGAUCUCCGUUUCGAGUCUAGAUUCGAGUCCGGGAAUCUGGGAAAAGUCAUCAAAAUCACUGAUACUUAUUAUCAGCUACAUUUGCGCAAUGAUCUGUACACGCAACGCCACAUGCAAUGGUAUUACUUCAGAAUAACGAACACGAGAAGUCGGACGAUUUAUAGGCUUUCGAUCGUUAACUUUUGCAAAGAAGACAGUCUCUACAACGAAGGAUUGAAACCUCUUCUUUACUCGACGAAGGACGCCAGUAUGCACGCUGUCGGAUGGAGACGAUGCGGUGACAAUAUAACUUAUUACAAGAACGAUUCCUCAGACGAGGAAAAGGAAAAGCACACUCUGACGUUCAACAUAACUUUUCCACACGAUCAAGACACCGUUUACCUCGCUCAUUGCUAUCCAUACACGUACACCGAUCUCCAAGAAUAUUUAUCAAGGAUUUCGAGCGAUCCGGUGAAAACGAAGUUCACCAAGCUCCGGUUACUCUGUCGAACUUUAGCAGGAAACAACGUUUAUUAUUUGACUAUUACGGCGCCUACGUACAAUGAGGAAUGUAAGAAAAAAAAGGGAAUCGUCAUAACAGCCAGAGUUCAUCCUGGCGAAACACCUUCCAGUUGGAUGAUGAAGGGAAUCAUUGAUUUUCUUACCGGAGAAUCGAAUCAAGCGAGGGAACUCCGGGAAAGAUUUAUCUUCAAACUUGUACCAAUGCUCAACCCCGACGGCGUUAUAGUCGGCAACAAUCGUUGUUCUCUGUCCGGAAAAGAUCUUAAUCGUCAGUACAGGACAGUUAUGCGAGAAAGUUAUCCAUCCGUUUGGCACACCAAGUUAAUGAUACGGCGUUUGAUGGAGGAAUGCGGAAUCGCGAUUUACUGCGAUCUCCAUGCUCAUUCGAGAAAACACAACAUAUUUAUAUACGGCUGCGAGAGCAAACGAGCCGGCUGUUAUGGAAAAUUGACGGAGCAAGUGUUCCCCUUGAUGUUGCACAAAAAUGCGGCUGAUAAGUUCUCCUUCGAAAAUUGCAAGUUUCACAUCGAAAAGGGAAAAGAAGGGACGAGCAGAGUGGUCGUUUGGCUCAUGGGAGUGCAAAACAGCUACACGAUGGAGGCCUCGAUGGGUGGAUCGAAAUUGGGCUCGAGAGCAGGCACACACUUUUCUGCUCAAGAUUACGAACAAAUCGGUAAAGCUUUUUGCGAAACGUUGCUGGACUUUUCGGACGAAGACCCUGGCAAGGAGAGGCUUCGGAAUAAAAUACUGGUUCGGCUUAUGAAAGAGGGAUCGAGCGCAGACGAACCGACUAAUAUCAAUCUCACCGAUUAUUCCAGCGACGAGGGUGACACUUCCGAGAGUUCAUCGGAAGAUGAAAAGAUCAGAGCCGGAGGAGGAAUGGAUCGGGUUGAUUCCGAAGGGAGAGAUUACAGAUUGCAAUAUUUAUCGGUUCCUCCGCCCUCGCCGUUGCUCCCGAGAUCGCGAGCGACAAACAGAUUGAAAAGAAAGCCGAAAAAAGUCAUCCUCGACGAGGGCCAAGUUACAAGAAGAAUUUAUUUGCCUCGUAGAACUGUCAUGGACCUUCCGGCAACCGAUCCAGGAAGCGAUUUGUGCGAUCUCACCGACUCGGGAGACGAAAGUUAUCGGCACUCGACGAAUGCUCCAGCUCGAAAGACCGCAGAAAAAGAAGAGGAUGCGAAAAAAUACUCGAGCGGCGAAAUCCUGCCAACUUUGAUUAGACCACACAGUUUGUCGUUCGCCGAAGACACAUCGAAUGCUAAAACUCCUCGUAAAACUGUCACACGAUCACGCUGUGUUCAACCACCAAGGCUCAUCCGAAACUUGUCCCCGAUACCGGCGCGCACUCAAGACGUUCAAGUCAAACUUACGUCGCUAAGACAACAAAUAUGGACAGGGGUUUGGAUGGACGAUCCACUAAAUGCUAACCUGGAAAGUUCUUUUGUAAAAAGUCCAUUGAGUUGGGGAGUUUCGAGCCUGGCCCUCGCCUAUCACACUGGCAGUGAAGCACUACUCAAAUCGUGUUCAAAAAAGUUGGAAGCUCUUGAUCACGUUGGCAAAAUAGAGUCGCGAAAACAAAAAAAAAAUAACAAAAAGUUGGCAAAAACAAAUACGAGCCAACCGAGCGAAGAUACACCCGAGGACGAGUCACAAAAGCCAACGAAAAAAAAGCGAACACGUUUGAAAAGGCAGAAAGUUGUAAACGUUGGAAACACCGAAGAAACAACGGUCGCGAAACCGAUCGAUCGAGUAAAUUCACUCAAGUUAUAUGGCAUUGCUAAAAUUCCGAAACCUCAACAAAAACAGAAAUCCGAAGCGAAGAAAAAAUUUCGUAGAGGAAGUCUCGUGGCAGCUACCGCUAUGCACAUCACGAAAGCAAAACACACAAAUGUCCUUGAAGCUUUCAGCGAAGGUUCGAGUUCCGAGGAUGUUUUGGCUGUGACCAAACCGAGAACGAAUAAGAAAAAGAAAAAAAAUGGUGGAGCCAAAAACAGAGCUUCGAGCGCCAACAUUCCAUUCCGAAAUGUUAAAUCUGAUGAAAAAUGAAUGCUGGCGCGUUAAGGUAUCCGUUGCAAUUUACACUGCCACUGUUGACAUUCCGAUUAAAAUUCGCCUUUAUCAUUGGUAGAAUUUGGCUACGUGAUUUCAUUAUCCUUGUUUCGAUGUACUCAAAAAAAUUGUAAACAACAUUACAUGAUAUAUCGAAUGACUAAUAAUAAAUAAGAAAUUCCGAAUGCGAGAUUUCGUUUUAUUCAAUUGCAUUCUAAUAAUCUCAAUUGUUGAUAUAUUUACUAAUUUAGAAAUGCCAAGCUUGGUAUACAGUCCAGAGUUUUAAAAAUAAAGACCUUUCCUAACGCAUGCUGAUUUUAUAUCUCGAAUAUUUCGCGAUCAAGAUCCUAAUUUUCUUUCGACAUCUUACCCUUGUAUUAUUGUCUGAAAUAUAAAUUAAAAAAAAAAUCAUCUAUCAAAAUCACCGAGAUUUGCAACUCAUUUCGAAUUUUUGAAAUUUUAAUUCUUCGA